AUGCAGGCUGUUGCAUCCAAUAUAAUAGUUGGAUCUCAAGUUUGGGUUGAGGAUCCUGAGAUAGCUUGGAUUGAUGGUGAUGUUGUGGAAAUCAAAGGUGCAGAUAUUAAGAUAAAGCUUUCAUCAGGAAAAGAUGUUGUCACUACUUCAGCCCAUGUACAUCCUAAAGAUCCUGAAGCUCCUCCAUGUGGAGUAGAUGAUAUGACAAAACUUGCUUAUCUCCAUGAGCCUGGUGUUCUUCAGAAUUUAAAAAGUCGAUACAAUAUGGAUGAAAUUUACACUUACACAGGCAAUAUAUUGAUAGCUGUGAACCCUUUCAAAAGAUUACCUCAUCUAUAUGACAAACAUAUGAUGGAACAAUACAAAGGGGCAGGUCUUGGGGAACUGAGUCCACAUCCUUAUGCUAUUGCUGAUUCUUCAUACAGGCAAAUGGUUAAUGAGGGAAUAAGUCAAUCCAUUCUUGUUAGUGGAGAAAGUGGAGCAGGAAAAACAGAAAGCACCAAAAAUCUUAUGCAGUAUCUUGCAUAUAUGGGAGGUCGCCCUCCAGCUCCAGGACAAAGGAGUGUGGAACAACAAGUUCUUGAAUCAAAUCCUGUUCUAGAAGCAUUUGGGAAUGCAAAAACUGUUAGAAACAACAAUUCAAGUCGUUUUGGUAAGUUUGUGGAGAUUCAAUUCAAUGAACGUGGGAAAAUAUCUGGAGCUGCUAUAAGAACAUAUUUGCUGGAAAGAUCACGUGUUUGUCAAGUUUCGGAUCCUGAGAGAAAUUACCAUUGUUUUUACAUGAUCUGUGCUGCACCUACUGAGGUGACUGAAAAGUAUAAAUUGGGAAAGGCUAAGUCAUUUCAUUACCUUAAUCAAACAAAUUGUUUUGAAUUGACUGGAGUGGAUGAGGCUAAAGAGUAUAUUGCUACAAGAAAGGCUAUGGAUGUUGUUGGUAUCACUCAUGAUGAACAGGAGGCGAUAUUCCGUAUUGUGGCUGCAAUUCUCCAUUUAGGAAAUAUUGAGUUUACUAAAGGCAACGAACCAGAUUCAUCUAAACCUAAAGACGAUCAAUCUAAGCUUCAUAUGAAAACUGCAGCUGAACUUUUCAAGUGUGAUUUAGAGGCCCUUGAAGAUUCCUUCUGCAAGCGUGUAAUUGUAACGCGUGAUGAGAGCAUAAAAAAGUCUCUUGAUCCAAUUGCUGCAGCUGUGAAUAGAGAUGCUUUGGCAAAAAUUGUUUAUUCAAGGCUAUUUGACUGGAUUGUAGGAAGGAUUAAUGAGUCAAUUGGUCAAGAUCCCGAGUCAAAAUCCUUGAUUGGAGUUCUGGACAUCUAUGGAUUCGAAAGUUUCAAGACAAACAGUUUUGAGCAAUUUUGUAUCAAUCUGACUAAUGAGAAACUUCAGCAACAUUUUAAUCAGCAUGUUUUUAAGAUGGAGCAAGAAGAAUAUACCAAAGAGCAAAUCGAUUGGAGUUACAUAGAGUUUGUGGACAAUCAAGAUAUUUUAGAUCUCAUUGAGAAGAAACCUGGAGGAAUCCUUGCUCUUUUGGAUGAGGCUUGCAUGUUUCCAAGAUCUACACAUGAAACGUUUGCUGAAAAGCUUUACCAAACAUUCAAGGAUAAUAAACGUUUUCAAAAGCCAAAGCUUUCUAAUUCAGCAUUUACCAUUGACCAUUAUGCUGGUGAGGUCACAUAUCAAACCGAGUUUUUCUUGGAUAAAAACAAGGACUAUGUUGUUGCAGAACAACAAGCACUUUUAAGUGCUUCAAAGUGCACCUUUGUGUCAAAUUUAUUCCCACCUCUAACAGAAGAGUCAUCCAAAACAUCAAAGUUUUCAUCAAUAGGUUCACGGUUCAAGUCACAAUUAACACAAUUGCUUGAGACACUGAGUCACACGGAGCCACAUUACAUUCGUUGUGUGAAACCCAACAAUCUUUUAAAGCCUUCUAUCUUCGAGAAUCAAAACAUACUUCAGCAACUACGUUGUGGUGGAGUUAUGGAGGCAAUUAGGAUCAGUAUGGCUGGAUUUCCUACUCGCAAACCUUUUAAAGAAUUUAUUAGCCGCUUCAAAAUAUUUGCACCUGAAAUUGCAAAAAAAAGUGAUGAUGAUAUCAAGACUUCGAAGUUGCUUAUAGAGAAGGCAAAUCUUCAAGGUUAUCAGAUUGGUAAAACAAAAGUAUUUCUGAGAGCUGGUCAAAUGGCAGAACUAGAUGCUCGAAGAAGUGAGGUUUUGGGAAGAUCUGCAAGCAAAGUCCAGAGAAAAUUUCUUACCCAUUCUGCACAAAAGAAGUACAACUCAUUAAAACAAUCAUCAAUACAUAUACAAGCUGUGUGUAGAGGACAAAUUGGACGCAACCGUUAUGAGAACAGAAGGAGAGACGUUGCUUCUGUUAAACUUCAGAAAGAUGGACGCAUGUUUAUUAAGAGGAAAGCUUACAAAACUUUAUCCGCUUCAGCUAUUAAUAUUCAAAGUGCAAUACGUGGAAUGGCUGCACGUAAUGAAUAUCGAAAUAAAAAGACAGAAGACGCAGCAAUUAUUCUUCAGAGACAAUGUCGACAAUAUGUGGCCCGCGUCCGUUAUUGUAAACUGAGGAAAGCAGCAAUAAAGACUCAGUCUUUCUGGAGAUCAAGACUUGCAAGGAAAGAACUAAGGAAACUUAAAAUGGCUGCAAAGGAAACUGGUGCUCUACAAGAAGCCAAAACUAAACUCGAAAAGGAAGUAGAAGAGCUGACCUGGCGAUUACAAGUGGAGAAGCGCAUUAGAUCCGAUUUGGAGGAAAGUAAACAUCAGGAACAUGCGAAAUUUGAGAAUGCUUUAAAAGAAAUGGAAGCUCAAUCUCAACAAACACAAGAACUGCUUUCGAAGGAACGAGAAGCUGCAAAGAUGGAACUUGAAAAAUCUCGUGAAGUUGAUGGAGCUUCAAACAAGGAGGUAGUCGAUAAGCUUACUACUGAAAAUCAAGAACUCAAGGGCACAGUAAGUUCACUGGAACAGAAAGUUGAUGAAAUAGAAAAGAAGUAUGAAGAGAGCAACAAAUUAAGUGAAGAGAGAUUAAAGCAGGCAACAGAAGCGGAAGAAAGGAUAAUUGAGAUGAAACUCACAGUGCAAAGUCUUCAAGAAAAAAUAAUCGAGAUGGAGGCUGAGGAGCAGAUUAUGAGACGAAGACUAAUGAAUUCAUCAAAUUCGAAAAGGAUGUCGGGACGUUUUUCAUUCUCAUCUAAGGGUCCAGAGAACGGUAACCUUGAAAGUGGAACACCUAUGAAGAGAUUUGAUAGUUCAUUGAGGCAAUCAGCUAUUGACAAGCAGCGUGAAAAUGUUGAUAUUCUUAUCAAAGUAUCUACAGAAGAUCUUGGGUUCAGUAAUGGAAAACCAGUCGUCACAUAUAUCAUAUACAAAAGUCUUAUCCACUGGAAACUUUUUGAACAAGAAAAAACUAAUGUAUUUGACCGACUUAUCACCGUGUUUGGUUCUGCAAUACAGAAAGAGGAAGACAAUAAGCAUAUGUCUUAUUGGCUCUCUGCCACAUCUUCAUUGCUGUUUUUGCUUCAGAAGACUUUAAGUUCUGGCGCAGGUGCUCACAGGCCUCCUCAGCCAACAUCAAUAUUUGGAAGAAUGGCACAAAGUUUUCGCAAAUCCCCGUCAUAUUCGGACCUUGAAAUAGUGCGCCAUGUAGAUGCAAAGUACCCAGCUUUACUUUUCAAGCAACAACUAACUGCUUAUGUUGAAAAAAUAUACGGAAUCGUUCGUGACAAUCUGAAGAAGGAAUUGUCAACUCAUCUCAGAUAUUUUAUUGAGACAGGAAAAUCGUCAGAUGAGCACAUUCCUCCAUCUCUUCGUUGGCAAAACAUCAUUGAAUGCCUAAAUGGCAUGUUACAUACUUUGGAAGAAUACAACGUUCCAAGUGUUCUUGAUCAGAAGAUUUUCGCUCAAGUUUUCUUUUACAUCAAUGUACAACUAUUCAACAGCCUUCUUCUACGUAAAGAAAAAUGCACCUUCAGUCACGGGGAAUAUGUGAAAGCAGGGUUAGCUGAGUUAGAGCUUUGGUGUAAUCAUGUCACAGAAGAGUACUCAGACUCGGCAUGGGAUGAACUUAAGCAUGUAAGGCAGGCAGUUGGAUUCUUGGUCAUACACCAAAAGUCCAGAAUUACCUACAAUGACCUCACAAAUGAUCUAUGCUCUGUUUUAAAUAUUUAUCAAAUUCACAGAAUUUGCACACACUACUGGGAUGACAAUUACCAUACUCCAGGCGUAGAUGCCUCAGUUAUUACUGCCUUACAUAAUAAAAUAGAAGAGGAAGAGGAAAAGCAAAAGAAAAUGUCACAUGAUAAAAAUAACUCCUAUGAAGAUUCAGAUGAACAUAACUCCUUUUUGCUGAAUGACGAUCCCAGCAUACCGUUUUCAGUUGAUGAUCUUAUGGGCUUCUUCCAUGAGAAGGAUUUUGCAGAGAUUAAACCUACUAUUCCCCUCGUAGAAAAUCCAGAAUUCAAAUUUUUAGUGGAGUAA